CUAUAUAUAUACCACUCCACACCUUAUAACCCCCUUAAUUUCUCUCUCUCUCUCUCUCUCUCUGGGGUACAUAUAUAUUUCGUAAUCAUAUAGAGGUAUCCAUUGGACUGAUAACUACAUGUUUUGGGUUUUCAGUGAAAACUGGUGAGCCUCGUUUUUUUUUUUCAACUCUAGGGGCUUUCUGAAACUGAGAGAGAGGAGUUUCCGGCGAGUUUUUUCGGAGGUUUUGUGGCGGAGUAGAGGCGGGGAAUAUGGCGGGGGGUAGCGGAGGGAGGUCGUUGGAGCAGACCCCAACGUGGGCUGUUGCCGUGGUUUGCUUUGCUUUGGUUGCCGUUUCCAUCGUCAUUGAAUAUAUAAUCCAUCUCAUCGGCAAGUGGUUAAGGAGGAAACACAAGAGAGCCCUAUAUGAAGCACUUGAGAAGGUCAAAUCAGAAUUGAUGUUGCUGGGGUUCAUAUCCUUGCUCCUAACAGUAGGACAAGGUCCAAUUUCAACCAUAUGCAUAUCCAAGAGCGUGGGGUCCACGUGGCAUCCUUGCAGUAAGGAACACGAGGCGAAGCUAACAAAAACAUAUACGGAAACCGAUGACAAAGAAGGGGAAGGUCGCCGAAAGCUUCUGUCUGCCGCAGUGGAGGGAAGCUUCCGCCGCGUCCUGGCGGCGGGUUCGACCGACAAGUGCGCGGAACAGGGUAAAGUGCCAUUCGUUUCUUCUGACGGCAUUCAUCAACUUCACAUCUUCAUUUUUGUGUUGGCUGUCUUUCACGUCCUUUACUGUAUUCUCACCAUGGCUUUGGGCCGAUUGAAGAUGAGAAGUUGGAAGGCAUGGGAAAGGGAAACGAGAACAGCCGAGUACCAGUUCUCACACGAUCCAGAGAGGUUUAGAUUUGCAAGAGAGACUUCAUUUGGGAGAAGGCACUUGAGCUUCUGGACUAAGACUCCCGGCCUCAUUUGGUUUAUUUGCUUCUUCAGGCAAUUCGUAAGAUCGGUUCCAAAAGUUGAUUACUUGACCUUGAGGCAUGGAUUUAUCACUGCACAUUUGGCACCUCAAAGCCAUACAAGGUUUGAUUUCCAGAAAUAUAUCAAUAGAUCACUUGAAGAGGAUUUCAAGGUGGUCGUCGGUAUCAGUCCCCCAAUUUGGCUAUUUGCUGUGAUAUUCCUACUGUUCAAUACACAUGGAUGGUAUUCCUAUUAUUGGCUACCAUUUAUCCCCUUAAUUAUCAUCCUAUUGGUGGGGACCAAGCUACAGGUGAUCAUAUCCAAGAUGGCCAUAAGGAUUCAACAGAAAGGUGAGGUUGUGAAAGGAGUUCCCGUCGUUCAGCCGGGGGAUGACCUAUUCUGGUUCAAUCGUCCCCGCCUCAUUCUCUACCUCAUCAAUUUUGUACUCUUUCAGAAUGCCUUCCAGCUUGCUUUCUUUGCGUGGACUUGGUUUGAAUUUGGAUUGACGUCUUGUUUCCACGAGCGUUUGGAAGACAUAAUCAUCAGAGUUUCCAUGGGGAUCAUCAUCCAGAUUCUCUGCAGCUAUGUCACUCUCCCUCUUUAUGCCCUCGUGACACAGAUGGGUUCAACAAUGAAGCCAACCAUAUUCAAUGAAAGAGUAGCCAUGGCACUCCAGAACUGGCACCACACGGCCAAGAAACACAUCAAGCAAAACCGCCAGUCCGGCUUCACAACCACACCCAUGUCCAGCCGGCCCGCCACCCCUUCCCACCACCUCUCCCCCGUCCACCUCCUUCGCCACUAUAGGAGCGAGAUCGACAACAGCGUCCAAAACACCCCCCGCCAUUCCAACUUUGACGUCGACCACUGGGGGGCCGACACCGACGGCUCCCCGCCCCCAUCCCACCGCCACCACCACUAUGGCGGCAGCAGAGGACACGGAGACGAAUCUUCGUCCCACCGCCACCAGCAGGUCGAGAUGGGGCGUAUGGAAGACAUCAAGAGCAAAGAGGUGCCACAGCUCGAGCCGAGCUCGACCCGGGUUGCGCCGCUGCUGCAACACGAGAUUGAUAUAGGAGUGCCGAAGGAUUUCUCGUUUGAUAAGAGAACGAGUACAUGAAUAUGGGUAUAUGAGGAGUUUGGAUUACUUUGGAUGGUGGGGGCCAUUAUUGGGAUGAGGUGAGACUAAGAAAAAUGUUACCGACACAGAUGGAUGCGCACAGAUUUGAAUAUAGAUGUGUUUGAAACCAUCGAAUGUACGUAGGGUCUAUGAGACUCGGGUGCAUGCGUUGGAUGAUUCUAAACACAUUUGUAUUUGUAUCUAUGCAUAUUUAUCUGUGUCCAUAGCAUUACUCGAAAAAUAAUUGUGGAGAUAGUGGCACGGGGAUUGUGGGAAAUUGAGGCCUUCGAUUUGGUUGAACUUUGUAAAGAACACAAUUGUUCCUUACUACUAUUUUUUUCCUUUCUUUUCGAUAAGUUAGAUGCCAAAAUUGAGAAUAUAGAGACGGGACAGGGACUUCCAAAUGGGUAUAUGUUGAGCAUCUAUUGUUAUUGUAGUCCAAAUUGUUACAGAAAUGGUCAUCAUUAUGAAUAUUACCAAAUUUUGAAUUCAAAGCAA